AGCUAAAGGCAAAGGGCAGAGUCAAGCCAAAGUGAAUAUCAGUGCUGCCCUAGUUGAGGAUAUUAUCAAUUUGGAGGAGACCAGUGAAGAUAUGCAGGCAGUCAUAGAAGCUCUGAAAGAAGAUUUCAGCAGAAAUCUCAGUGUUAGAACCUCACCAGGGGCCCUGGAUCACAUAACUGUGGUGACAAAGGACGGGAAGUUUCCGCUGAACCAGCUGGGGCAGAUCUCACAGAAGUCCCCCCAGCUCCUGACAGUGAACAUGACCAGCUUCCCAGAGAGCACAGCUGCAGCUGCAAAGGCCAUAAGGGAGAGUGGCAUGAACCUGAACCCCGAGGUGGACGGGACGGUGAUCCGGGUGCCAGUUCCCAAGGUCACGAGGGAGCACAGGGAGAGCCUGGCCAAGCUGGCCAAGCAGGCCACCAACAAGUCCAAAGAGGCCCUGAGAAAGGUGAGAAGCAAAAGCAUCACCCAAGUAAAGAAGUCCAAGAGCAAAGUGUCAGAAGAUACCAUCUGGCUGCUAGAAAAGCAGAUCCAGCAAAUGGCAGAUGAGGCUGCUGCAGAGAUGGACAAGCUGCUGGCAGCAAAGACCAAGGAGCUGCUUGGAUAAACACCAUCCCCAUUGUCAAAAACAUCACAAACAUCAUCCCAGCUGCCCUGGAGCAGGAAUGGGCUGCCCCAGCCUGGGGCCAGCAGCCUCAGAGGUGGGCAGGGGCAGCUCUGUGCCCUGGCUGUUGCCUUGGGGUGUGCUGGAGGGAGGGGGGAGCUCUCCUUGCUGCCUUUAUCCAGGUGGGAACAGAAUUGGAUGAACUGAGAUCAAAAAUAAAACACCAGGGAGGAGGACUGGAGAUGCUGGAGGCACAGGGAGGACUGCCCUGCUCACUUUGUGCCCCCUCUUUGCCCCACACCUUCAGCCCCUGGCCCACCCCGAGAGGAACCUGUCUGUCCUGCUGCAAACCUCAGCACCUAUUUCUGCUUGAAAUAAAGUCAAAAUGGGGUGUGGAGCAGCAGCCUCACCACAGCCAGGUCCUGGUUGGUGUGUUCCCUUGGCUCACGUGUUCCAAAGCAGGCAUUUGCCCCGUGCCAGGGCACCAGGGUGGGCAGGGGCUCUGUGGGGAGAGACCUGAAACCAGUGCUGCCAGCACAGCUGCUUCAGCCAGCACUGAGAGGACCUAAAGCCAACACAGGAACUUCCCAAAAGCAGCAUCUGCCUCCUCAGCCACCUACAAACCGCCUGAGAGCCUCUGGCAGCAGAGCUGAGGGCUUGGAGGAGGUGCAGCAGAGCAGAGCCAGCUCAGCUCCUCACUGGGAGCAGGUACCUCCCGAGGGCAGCCCCGGGAAGGAGGUGGCAGAGCAGGAAGGUGGUGGCAGCCCCAGCCCUACUCCCAAGGCAUUUGGGUUCAAAGAGCACCAAGUGCUCUGCACUCCUUAAAUAAACAACUCCCCAAAAGUUAGUUUGUGUGCCACAGGGAGGGGGAGGAGGAUGAAGGAUUUGCUCUGCUAGGGCCCCACAUGUCAACAAUUUCUCUGCUUUGUGUAUUUUGGCCAAAGCCCUUACCAUGAUAAAUGAAUAAAGGAAGAUGGCGAGCCCA